AUGGGGGACCGCAACUUCUCCGAGGCUAGGCGUGCCUCGGGAGGCGGUCAGGAUGAGGAGGUCUUGGGCCUGCAGACCCCUGUUUACAACAACCUGCGCUUUAGGGACUCGGCUGAGGGGGAGCUAGGGCACGAGGACCCCGAGGCAGAGGUGCCACCUGAGGAAGAGGCUGCCGAGGUCCAGGACGAGGCCUCCGAGGUCCAGGACGAGGUCCCCUCGGAGUCAGAGCAUGCUCUGGAGAGAGACGCAGGGGACAUUCCGGAAAUGAGCCGGCUGUCCAUCACCCAGCGCUUCCCCCGCUCGUCUGUGGCACGGGGCAGGCGGCGCCGCUGCAGGCUCCUGGAGCUGGCAGAACCCAAGACAAACUGGCAAGUGCUGAAGGACAGGAAGGGAGGCCGGUGUAGGGGCUAUGCCUGGAUCUCCCCAUGCAAGCUGAACUUGCACUUCUGUCUCUACUGGCCUUCCGUGUACUGGACCGAGCGCUUUCUUCAGGAUACAACCCUCAGCAUCACGGUGCCUGAGGUGUCUCCUCGAGUGGAAGAACUGGCCCGUCCCAAGAGGUUCUAUUUGGAAUACUACAACAACAACAGGACCACUCCCGUCUGGCCAAUUCCUCGCUCCACUUUGGAAUGCCAAGCAUCUAGGCGCCUGAAGGAGCUGGCCAUUCCCAAGAUGCGUAAUAACAUCUGGAGCAUCAACAUGUCCGAGGUGUCCCAGGUGUCCCGCGCAGCACAGAUGGCCAUUCCCAGUUCACGGAUCCUGCGGCUGGCCAAGCCCAGGGCCCCGGCCGUCCUGCUCACGGAGUGGGAUCCCAUGCCGAAACCCAAGCCGCGGGUGUCAGACUACGGCCGCCUCCUCAGCCUGGCCAUGCCCAAGGUCCAGUCGGACAAGUGUGUGCCAGACCGGGACCCUCGCUGGGAGGUGCUGGACAUCACCAAGCGGGCAGUGGCCAGCCCCAGGGUCAUCGCUCUGGCCCAGCCCCGAGUGCGCAGAUGCCUGAAUGAAGGCUACGACAGGCAUCCCCCCGCCUCCAAGAGCUGGCCACCCCUAAAACCAUCGCCAAGAAAGUGUGACCGCCGGCCGACCUCCCACGGCCCCGUGCCCAGUAAACGCCCAGACGCACCCUCACCCGUGUUUGUUAUUGCUCAAGCUGCCGGCAGGAGCAGGGACGAGGGGCCCCUGCACGUGCUGACACAAUAA